AAGAAGCACUACAUUAAUUUGUUUUAAGUGAGAAAAUUGAUCACGAUGAAUUCUAGCAGCAUCAACAGUAGCAAGUCUGAGAGGAACUACUCAGAAGCAGACAUAGCUAAAAAAUUCCUUUUCUUCAAUGUCCUGAAAGAUGGCCGAGUCCAUGUUUUCACAUCAAUAUUCGAGAAAUCUCCUCCAUCUGACCACCCCGUCUCCACCCCUGGUGUCGAAACCAAAGAUGUAAAUAUAUCCCCUGACAUCUCUGCUCGAAUCUUCCUGCCUACUUCUGCUGUCAAGAAGUCUACAGGUAACAAACUUCCUCUUCUUUUUUACAUUCAUGGAGGAGGCUUCUGUAUGCAGUCUGCCUUCUCUGUUGAGUACUCGCUCUUUGUUUCACUCGUUGUGGCUGAAGCCAAGGUUAUAGCAGUGUCUGUUGAGUAUAGCCUCUUCCCAAAACGCUGUAUCCCUGCUUGUUAUGAUGACUGCUGGGAUGCGCUCCAGUGGGUUGCGUCGCAUUGUAAGGGCUUAGGGCCGGAACCUUUGAUUAAUGAUCACGCUGAUCUUGGGAGGAUCUUUGUUGGUGGAGAUUCUGCAGGAGGAAAUAUAUCUCAUAACAUAUUAGCUAAAGCAGGUGUAGUGCAACUCCUUGGAGAUGUUAAGGUAGAAGGAAUGAUUUUGAUUCAUCCCUUUUUUUGUGAAGGUGAACCAAUGUGGAUGUACAUGUGUCCUACGAAUCAAGGUCCGAGGGAUCAUAGGCUGAGCCCUUCUGUAGAGGAUUUGGCUAGGAUCGGGUGUGACAGGGUGCUGGUUGUAGUGGCCGGGAUGGAUAGUAAGACCUUGUACGAUGCAGGGAUAAAUUACGUCGAUGAUUUAAUCAAGAGUGGGUGGAAAGGGACAGUGGCGGAGACUAUGGAGAACAAAGGUAAGGAACAUUGUUUUCAUCUUUAUGAUUCUUUGGAUCCUGAGGCUGCUGCUAUAUAGCGCCGAAUUUCUUCCCUCAUAAACCAUCCACACCAUGCUCAUGCCCAAAUUAUAUAGAGUAAUAAUGGACAAUACAUCAAGUUUCGAUUUUUGACAUGUUCUUAAUAAUAAUGUACCGUCUUCUAAAAACUUUACUAAAAUUACUUUGUAAGAUUGUAUUAGUAAUAAAAUUUAACACGUAUAAAAAAAAAAACCCUCUUCUAAACUAGAGGAUCUGAGUGAAUUUUCUGAUCCUUGUGCUCAUCAACUGUUGUUCUUCACUUAUGUGAAAUUUAAUUCGAGCAGUUCAUUAUUAUUCUUCGUCUUGAUUAUAUCCUCUAACCCAGUUUGCCAACGCAUAAAAUAUUCUUACAAGUUUGUUUCCACUUUGCAUUGCUAACAAAGUAGACAGAAGCCAAGUUUGGAAGGCACAUAAUAAGGCAAACACGUACAUGUCCCUAUCAUAAUAGUUUAAUUAAUUUUUGAAUUCCUAUACUUCUAACUUGUAAUAACCUGUUCUGCAACUUCAAUUUAGUUUGGCCUUUAAGAGAGCAAAAUUUUAUAUUCUAUACUAGAUUAGUACCCGGACGUUUCUUUUAUAUGACAUA